CAGGAUGCGAUCACACGAUCCUGCCCAUGAGCAAUCUCCUAACUCAUCUCUGCGCUCAUCUUCUCUCUGCUUUAACCUGUAUAUUCAACAAAUGUUAAAUAUUUUCAUAACUGAAUUAGUGAAAAAUGGGACAAAAAAGGAAAAAUCGUGAGGCAAAGGAAGAUGAUUAUGGAUAUGAUCCUGUUCCGAAGCACUUUCAAGUUGCUCAUAUUAAAAAUCAAGAGAAACGUCUAAUAAUAAUUUUAGAACAGGCCCAACUCGAAUCUGUAAAAAAGGUAGGAAACAAUUUCCAGUUGCUGAAUUGCGAUGAUCACACUAGCGUGUUGAAAAAGUACAAUCGAGAACCAGGUACUUGCAGACCCGACAUAACACAUCAGUGUCUGCUCAUGUUAAUGGAUAGUCCUUUAAAUAGGGCAGGGCUUUUACAAGUUUAUGUACAUACUGAACGGAACGCCUUGAUAGAGAUCAAUCCACAAACCAGGAUCCCAAGAACAUUCAAGCGUUUUGCUGGUCUUAUGGUACAAUUGCUGCAUAAAUUCAGUGUACGGGCAUCGAACGGAUCGAUGAAACUGUUGAAAGUAAUAAAGAAUCCUGUGACAAAUCAUUUACCUGUAGGAUGUCGGAAAAUUGCAAUGUCAUUCAGUUCAAAGGUUGUUAAGAAUCCAAGAGAAUUAGUACCUGCAGACGAACCGAUUGCAAUUGUAGUUGGUGCAAUGGCUCAUGGUCAGGUUCAAGCUGAUUAUACCGAAGAUACUUAUUCUAUAAGUAACUAUCCUCUUUCUGCUGCUAUUACUUGCAGCAAGUUAUGUUCAGCAUUUGAGGAAACUUGGGGUGUAUUGUGAAUAUAAUUAAGUACUUUCUUAUAUACUUUGUAAAUUUGCAAAAAAAUAAUAAACUAGUCUUUUUAAUAAAACAGA